AUGGCCUGCUUGGGCCUGCGCCGCGUCGGCUCAGUGGCGGUGCCGCGAUUGCGAGGCUAUGCCACCCUGCUGCUUGCAGAGCAUAACAACCAGACCUUGAACAAGGCCACGCUGCAUGCUGUCACAGCCGCGUCCAAGCUGCCGGGCUGCACCAGCGUCGACCUCCUCGUUGCGGGUAAAGGCUGCGGCGAGGUGGCAAAGGAGGGCGCCACGGCUCAAGGCGUGAGCAAGGUCUUGCUUGCUGAAGCAGAUCCGCUAGAGCACCCAGUAGCAGACACGUUAGCAGAGCUGCUUGAAUCGCUGCAGAAGCAGAACAGUUACAAAUGCGUCGCCGCCGUGUCCAGUUCUUUGGCGAAGGAGACGCUCCCACGCCUCGCGGCCAGCCUGGACGUGCAGCCCAUUACGGACAUCCUCGAGGUGGCCGAGGAGGAUGGCGUCUAUCGCCGGCCGAUGUACGCCGGCAAUGCCAUCGCCACGGUGCAAAGUUCGGAUGAUGUUCGUCUGCUGACCUUCCGGCAAACAGCUUUUGAGGCCGCUGGUGCUGCAGCUUCUGCUGCGCCAGUUGAGGCCGUGGACGCGAAGACCGGAGCUGGCGCAGGUAUUGAGUGGCUUAAAGACUCUGAAGCCCAGAGUGACAAGCCGCAGCUCAACAGCGCUAGCCGUGUCGUGGCGGGUGGUCGUGGUCUGAAGAGUGGGGAGAACUUUGAGAAGGUCCUGGAGCCUCUCUGCGACAAGCUUAAGGCUGCUCUAGGCGCCAGCCGCGCAGCGGUAGAUGCCGGCUUCGUGCCGAACGAGCUGCAGGUCGGCCAGACGGGAAAAGUGGUGGCGCCGCAGCUCUAUAUCGCUGUGGGCAUUAGCGGGGCCAUCCAACACCUGGCGGGCAUGAAGGACUCGAAGACCAUCGUGGCCAUCAACAAGGACGCAGACGCGCCGAUCUUCCAGGUCGCCGACUACGGCCUCGUGACGGACCUCUUUGAAGCGGUCCCAGAGCUCACGGAGAAAGUCUGA